GCAGUAGCAGCCGAAGCAGCAGCAGCAGCAGCAGCAUCAUCCGCAGCAGCGACGGAGGAGCAGCAGCGACGGCAGCCGAUAGAUACUAGCAAACGAAGGCAGGAUGCUAACGAACACUAGCUUCAGCUUCAGUUAAAGAGAACGCCAUCCUUCGUCAGCGUAAGAGAUAGAGAAUGCCGGCGAUAGAGAAGACAGAUGCCGACGUCUGUCAAUACAGCGUCGACUCCGGGGAAGGCUUCGCCAGCGAUUCAGCCGACGCCUACGUCACGAACGCCGACGUUAUCUGCUGUACGGAAGCAGCGAAGCUGUACAUCGCAGACGCGCGGGGGAUGUGCGGCGGUGCCGACACCGAGCAGGGAGAUACGGACGCGUGGAUAGACGACUCCCCUCACGACAACGAUGAGGAGGAGGACAGCGAAGCGGAUUUGUACGGUUGGGGUCGAUUCUGUCCGGCGUGCCUACAGUGGCUGCGCAACCCGAAGUGGUUUCUCUUCUUUAUCUGCUGGAUCGGCGCCGUGCAGGGCAUGAUCGUCAACGGAUUUGUCAACGUCGUCAUCACGACCGUCGAGAAACGCUUCUCGCUGUCGAGCGCCGAGGCGGGCCUCAUCGCCAGCAGCUACGACAUCGCCGCCGUCCUCCUCGCGCUGCCCGUCAGUUAUCUCGGCGCGCAUGCGCACAAGCCGCGCUGGCUCGGCAUCGGUUCGCUCAUCAUGGGUCUCGGAUCCUUCGUCUUCUGCCUGCCGCAUCUGGCGGCGGGCGCCUUGACGACAGUUACCGUCCGCAAUGACACCGUCGUUCUUUGUGGAGCAGCAGCAGCGGCGGCGCUGAGCAACGACACGACGUCGUUGUCGGCGUGUGGCGACGGUGGCGCCGACAGGUCGCUCAAUCACUACAAGUAUGUGUUCUAUCUGGGACAGCUGUUACAUGGUAUCGGCGCUGCGCCGCUCUACACGAUCGGAGUCGCCUUCAUCGACGACAACGUGCGGCCGAAACUCGUGUCUGUCUACGUAGCUAUCUACUACACGAUGGCGCUAGUAGGGCCCGCUAUAGGAUACAUGGCCGGCGGAUAUCUGCUGCAAAUCUACGUCGAUGCUCCGAUGGUCGACCCGACCGACAUUCGCCCAGAUCAAUUUCCAAGAGAUUUCGUAUGCUCUGCGGCUUCAGCCGUCGAGUUCAAAGUGGGUCGGAGCCUGGUGGAUCGGCUCUUCGGAGCCGCCUUCAUCUGUCUCCUCAUCUCCAUACCGAUGCUCGAAUUUCCAGAGCGCUUACCGGUAAGAUAUGGCAAAGGCGUAGACGGAAACGCGAGAUAUGGCGUCUGGGGCAGUGGAAAUUGCAUGGCGAUCCCGAUCCCCCAUCACGAUAAUGGGAUGUCAGCUCUGCGAGAUACGAAAUAUAAUAAAGUUGCCGGGGGUCGGGCUUCCCGGGCGCAGGCAGAACGGGUGAAGGAACACCACGGUAGCGAGGACGAGGAGGUGGCGCGGAGUGGCUUUGGCAAGAGUCUGCGGGACCUUCCGCUGGCCUUCAAGAAUCUGCUCUUCAACCCUACCUACAUGUGCCUUAACAUGGCCGGCGCCACGGAAGCUAUCUACUACACGAUGGCGCUAGUAGGGCCCGCUAUAGGAUACAUGGCCGGCGGAUAUCUGCUGCAGAUCUACGUCGAUGCUCCGAUGGUCGACCCGACCGAGCUCGGGCUUCAGCCAUCGAGUUCAAACUGGGUCGGAGCCUGGUGGAUCGGCUUCUUCGGAGCCGCCUUCAUCUGUCUCCUCAUCUCCAUACCGAUGCUCGGAUUUCCCAGAGCGCUACCCGGGGCUUCCCGGGCGCAGGCAGAACGGGUGAAGGAACACCACGGCAGCGCGGACGAGGAGGUGGCGCGGAGUGGCUUUGGCAAGAGUCUGCGGACCUUCCUUUGGCCUUCAAGAAUCUGCUCUUCAACCCUACCUACAUGUGCCUUAACAUGGCCGCGCGCCACGGAAGGAUUGCUCCUCGCCGGAUUUGCCACGUUUAUGCCCAAGUACAUAGAGUUCCAAUACAUGAAGGCAGCAGGAGUAGCCGCCAUCGUGAUAGGAAUAGUCGUGAUCACAGCUGGAGGAACGGGAAACUUCCUAGGCGGCUACUUCGUCAAGCGCUUCCGCAUGAGCUUCAUGACGACAGUGCGCUACUGCACGCUCGCCGGAUCGACUGCGAUCAUCGCCAGCUUCAUCUUCCUCGUGCAGUGUCCGCAGAUGCCGCUAGUUGGCCUCGCCCAGCCUCACGACACCAGUGCCUUACUGGCGACGGAGAUGCGUUCCAACCUUUCGUCUGCCUGCAGCCAAGGCUGCCGCUGCGAGCGGGAGACCUACGCUCCGAUAUGUGGAGUAGACGGAGUCACCUACUACUCGCCAUGCCAUGCCGGAUGUAAGACCGUCUAUCCAGGUUCUGUCGAGGCUUACGGCGAUUGCAGCUGCAUCCAGGGCGACUACCCGGAUGCGGUUGUCAUGGCGACGAGCGAGCCGUGUCGUCCGGACUGCUCGCUGCAGCUCGGCGUGUUUCUGGCGACGUUCUUCAUCAUCAUGUUUCAGACGUUCAUCGUCAGCAUCCCCGCGCUGUCGGCAACAAUCAGGUCCGUUGUGCCGAAUCUUAGAUCGUUUGCUAUCGGGAAGCAAUGGCUCUAUGUUCGCUUGCUAGGUACGAUCCCGGCGCCGCUACUAUUCGGUACGCUCAUCGACUCGACGUGCCAGGUGUGGUCGGACACGUGCGCGGGCGGCGGAGGCUCGUGUCGGGUCUACGAUAACCACAGCAUGGGGCGACGCCUACUACUGGUCGGCGUCUGCGGUAAGACCGUCUCUUCGCUCUUCUUCCUCUGCUCGUGGCUCCUCUACCGGCCGCCGGAAAAAUCACCGACGACGGCGGCGGUGGCGGCGGCGGAGGUGGCGCCUCACGCGGCCGAGUUUCUGCCGACGAAAUCGGAUCCGAAUGAUGUGAGCGUCGACAUGUCGGUAGCGAGCAAGGCGAGCAGCGGCUACGACACGUGCACGCAGGCGACGAGCGGCACGCUCGAGUCGCGCGCCAGCAGCGGAUACGGCGAUCCGGGUUGCCAUGGCAACCGGCCGAGGAGCGGCGACGCGCGUCGCAUCGUGCCGGAUCCGCGACCGGAGCCAGACGGCUCGCCGAGAUACCAGUUCAGCUUCUAGUGGCGACGAGUGUGUCAGCGAGCGGGCGUAGAGAUCCCUCACACAUGGCCUGCUGUGAUCCUGUGAUUCAUACUUCGAGGCGCGUGCGUGUCUAAGCUUGCGCGCGCGUGCUUGUGUGCGUGCGUGUGCUUGUGUGCGUGCGCGUGUAUGUGUG